CGCAGGCACAGAUCACUAGUGCGUCGGAACCGUACUAGUUACAACGUAUUCUGUCCAAAAUGAAACUCGCUAUAGUAUUUCUAGUUUGUGUGGCUGCCAGCCGAGGAGACGAUAUAGCCUCGGCAGCAGGGCAAAUCUUCAACCAGAUCCUCCCCAACCUCAUCGGGAAUCAGUUGCAAAAUCAGGCUCAAGGUAACCAAGGGAACUCUGCCACCAACACUCUCCAGCAAGUGGGCACUGUCAUCGGAGGAGUAGUAGACUAUGCUAAGAAGAAGAGCUAUGAGGACUUGCUGAAGCAAGUCCAGGACUCCACUACAGACGAGGACCUGCUGCGUGUCAGCGAAGAGAUGUUCAAUGCGGAUAUCAACAACGCUUUCAACUACAUCCAGGUCAACUUGCAAGGGAAAACCAGUCCCAUGUCCAAGAACGACGAGGCGCAAUCUAACCUCUUGUCCGUCCCCGAGAACGUAUGGAGCGGUCCUACAAUAAGACCUUUCGUUGCCCUCUUCGAUAACUACCACAAGAACGUGAUCAGACCAGAAUUCGUUACACCUAAUGAAGAAACGGAACAAACGACUUUCAUUAACACUAUUUUGGCUACUGGUCCCAUCCGGAGCCUCAUGACUUUCUUGACCAGCAAAGGUCUGACCCAGUUGAACGAGUACCCCGAACAAGUGGAACUCCUCAAGAAGAUCUGGUUCACGAAGUACGCGCGCCACUGGACCGGCCUGUGCAAGUGCAGCUGCGCCUUCGAAAACGUCUUCAUGGCUGAACUCAAGGGCAAUGAAGUACUUGGACUCCACAGUUGGCUAUUCUUCGCGAAGCGUGAGCAAGACCAUAAAGCGAACUACUUGGGGUACAUCAACAAACUCGACUUCCCUGGCAAAGGCAUGAUCCUCAAGCAGCACUCGGUCCUGAGCGAGACUAAGGACGCCCCAGAGAUCAACAUGUUCGUAGGAACCUCCCCUGAGUUGGAGAUGGCUUUGUACACCCUGUGUUGGAUGUCCAGACCAGACCGUCCUUGCAGACUGCGCUUCAGCAACGUACCCUUCACUAUUCAAACGAAGACUAUCAGGGCUGAAAAUCUCCCCCUAAUCGACACCGCUUACCCAGUCUUCUAAGUCAUACACAACAUCCUGUUAAAAAUAGCUUGGCAAUGACAUCUGUCAGAACAAUACAUUUUCCUAAUGUUUCUUUCGUACUAGGCUGUAUAAUCAUUUUCUGACCUGCUGUUAUUCUUACCAAGCUAUUUUUAACGGAGUAUUGAUAUUUUUGUAUAAGUUUUACUGUAGAUAUUUAACCUCUUAUCUGUUAAAAUAUCGACACAAUAGAUAGAGUUAUUCGUGUAGAUAUUACGUUACGACACGUUAAGGGUUAAUAAUUACCAGCUCUCUAUCUCAGUACAAACAAUAAAUUAUUGAGAAAUCUCAUGUUUGAAUAACAUUUAUUUACGAUUAACUUCUCGGAACAAUUUUAUCAGUAGUACUUUUGAGCUUGACUAAGUAAUAAUACCUGAUAAUAUAUAUCAAUAUAGGUCUCGACCUCUGAUAAAAUUGGAACACAUGUCGAUAAUAAUCGUCCAUUAAUUAAUAGGGUACUCCGAAUCAUUAUUGCGAAGACAAACAACUUGAUAGCAACAAUUAUUUUUAUUUUCUGUUAUAAAAACAUGGGCAUAAUUAACAUAGUUUGUACAUGCUUCAGUAGAACAUCAAUAUAAAGGUAAUAUUAUAUAAAAUCGACCUUGGAUGAACAUAUACAAUCUGUCAAAUGCUUCGGUAAAAUAAAAAAAAAUGCAUUGGGACAAUAUGCUUAAAGAGUAUAAAGUUGUAUCAAUCUAAAAAUGUAAAAAAUACGUAUAAAUAGAGGAAUUCGACAGAUGGUAUAUUUUGCUAUCGGCCAACUUUAUAAACUCUAUUUAGGUCUGGAGAUGACACGAUGAAUUAUUGUCGAGUGUAUAGCACUAGCAACUACAUAUGUUAUCUUACGUCACACACAUCAUUAUUAUAAAAUGAGUCUUUGAUUGAAGAACGUAGUGCCACAUACAACUACAUUAAAUGAACGAGUGAACUAAAUGUAAUGUUGUAAAAAUGACACACAAAGUUAAAAAUUAAAAACUU